CGUAAAUAUGAUAUUGGUAUAUAAGAAAAAAAAACUUCCGUAGACAGGGAAAUGCAGAUAAAAUGAGGUACUUAGAGAUGUACUUCAGUGACCGGAUAUGUGUCCUGUAUAGAUGCCGUUGUUUGUUAAGGUAUUUUGUCUGAGUGUCUAGUAAGCGUGAAGUCUUUGUCUGUGUGAGGCCAAAUGCUAAGGCUCUGUAUUACGUUCGCAGAAGAUUGUGACGGAACAAAAGUGAUUGAAUUAAAUGAAGAGUUUACAUAUUUCUCGGACAAAUAUAUGUAGCGAAAAUGGUAUUAGGGAGGGUAUGGGUACCGUAUUUAUUUCUUAUCGUGACCAAGGUGACAGCAUGGAACUCGAACAACCUUCCGCAACCACAGUCCAGUGCAUGCUUGGCCCAGGAAGUGAACGAAAUCGAGGACGUGAAGUUAUGCGACCCCGACAACACUCUACCAUACCCUCAUAAAAUCAUGACUGCAGAACUCCUGACGAUGUGUGAAGAUGACGGACCGGAGGGAGUAGCAGUGUUUUUAUUGUUGGUUGAUACAGUUCGCUCCAGUGAUACAAAACCCAACGAAAAACCACGUGCGAAAGACCCAGUCGACCGUUUGAUGGAGAAAGCCGCCAGUUUCUACAACUUAACAACACAAAAGUCCGCUGUCUUUAUGCUAGCUGUCCAGAAUCCAUUGCAGGUGAAAAUAUGGAGAAGUGACACCUUACAUGACAAGAUGCCUGAAGAAACACUGGAAAAUGCAACGAUUUAUGCAACACAGAUGUAUGCAAGUUAUACGGACUUCCCUUCUGCGGUUAAUGUGUUUGUCACGGAACUGUGUAAGAGUCUCAGGGACGAUGAGAAAAGCAGAAAAUGGGGAGACGCCACAGACAUUUUGUUGAUCCUUUUUGUUGGAUUCUAUAUCAGCAUUGUCAUUACUCUGACCGUUCUGAUGAUUCGCGCCUUCCGUACGCGCCAGCUGGACACCUCGAGCGAAGCCGGCGACCUACGCAGUGCCCCCGGACGCCACCUGCAGCAGAACCCUCUCUCCCUCGAACUGCAUGAGUACGGUGCCAUGGCGACCUACACCUCCACGGGGCAUAUCCUACUGAGCACUACGGAUGUCGCGGCUGUCAACACGGCUUGUGCCUCUACCGAGCAUCUUUUGGAUACUUAGAUCGUGUGCGGUUGUUUAAAUAGUUGAGGGAGGAGGCUUUUUUGAGUUUAAGGGAUUGUUGAGUUAAGCUGGGCGGGUUUGGGUGUAGAAUGGUUAGUGUUUCGUGUGAUGGGAUAAUGGUAUAAACACGAAGUGUAUGUGGAACUUAUAUUUAAGUAUUCCGUACUGUGCGAUGCGACGCAAGUUUGUACAUAUUUUGGAAUGAACACUCAGUUCUUUUACUGUGGUAAAAUGCCAUAUGGUAAGGUUUAUAAUUCCUGCGAACGAAUUAUGUAGAAAUGACAACACAAUACCCACUUUCUCCUUUCAUAUUUUGAUUGCAAAAGCAUGUAAUUACUUGUAUACGAGAUGUAAUUCAUAACUAGGACCAUCUCUGCAUUCGCGGGUUUUAACGCCUAUACCUGUAAUAUUGGAAUUGCUACCUGUAAUUUCAGAGCUAUCUAAGUGAUGGAUAGUUACUUUUUGAACUUGUAAUUACAUGGAUGUUAAUAAUGUAUCCUUUUUUAGGUUUUAAGGCAGUCUUUAGUCAUUGUGUAUAGUGGCUUCGAUGUACUCUGUUGUAUAAAUAAAUUUUAUAUGAUUUU